AUGGCUUUGUCUCCUUAUUCGUGGCCACUCUGGUGGCGCCUGCUAAUCCUCCUCAACCUUAGCUUCUAUAAUAUGCUCGGAAAUGUCUUUGCUUCGGGCAUAACGCCUCUCUUCGGGCUCAUUAUGCAGGAGUUCCACUGCACUGAGAAUGAGGCAUCGCAGCUCGGCACGUACGUCUUACUUACCUUGGGCCUCUCGAACUUCAUGGCUCUUCCUUUUACCUUUCUUAUCGGCAAGCGCUACACAAUCAUCGUCUCUGUCACCGUCUUCCUUGCCGCCAACAUCUGGAGUGGUGAGGCGCAGUCCUACCAAUCCCUUCGAAGCGCCCGUAUCCUAGGCGGAAUGGCCGGCGGCCUGAUUGAGGCUCUCACUCCGACCAUACUCGCCGAGACGUUCCCAGAACACCAUCUCGCCAAGGCCAUGGUGGUCUACGUCGGGUUCCUCGCCGUUGGCGCAGCGCUUGGUCCUAUAAUUUCCGGUGCUAUAGCCAAAUGCUUGGGAGAGUGGAGAUGGUUCAACAGGGUCAUGUCCAUCGCCGUGGCUGUGAAUCUCGUCUUCAACACCCUUAUGCUCCCGGAGACGACGCACGACGGCAUAAGCCUCAAUGGAGGGGCGGUCUUAGGGGGCCAGAAUGAAGACGAGGUGCCGAGGAAAACCGAAUGCAAAGCCGAGGAGAACAAGAUCGAGAACGUCACGAGCACCGCGAAGACCAUAUCGUCGGCUGAACAAGUGACGCUCAAGAGGGAAUACGUGCGGCGAUCGUUCUCCCUGCAUUUCGUCGAGCUGAACUGGAAAGCGUUCCUCAUCUCCUUCUUCCAGCCCCUUAAGCUCAUCGUCCUGCCUCAAGUCCUUGUUACUGUUAUCAUAUUCGGCCUGACCAUCGGCUGGACUGUCAUCGCUUCUAUCCUCAUCUCCCUCAUCUACACUCAGCCACCCUUACUCUGGGAUCCGUUAUCUAUUGGCCUACUCAAUGCUGGUUCGCUGGUUGGUAUUAUCAUUGGCCUCCCCAUUGGCGGUGCCCUCGCCGACAUGCUCUUCAACCGUGCAACCCGACGAUCCAACGGCGUGACAAGCCCAGUGACCCGUCUCCCCGCCCUCUUGCCUGGUGCCUUGCUCAGUCCUGCUGGCUGCGUAGUCAUGGGCUUUGCGCUACGAGACCCGGAUAAUUACAUCGUGGUAUGUGUGGGAUGGGGUAUGCUAUGUUUCGGACUUACCGGCUCGGCCAACGUGCUUCUCACAUAUGCUAUCGACUGUCUGCCGACACGGGCCGCACAUAUCGGCGUCCUGGCCAACGUGACAAAGAACAGCAUCGGGUUUGCUGUGUCGUAUGGUGCUGUGAACUGGUUCCGGAAGAUGGGCCCCGUGGACCAGUUCUCCACCAUGGCGGGCAUACUAUGGGGGUCAUAUCUCCUCGUGAUUCCCCUCUGGGUGUUUAGUGGGAUGUUGGAGAGAUUCGGGGCAAACUUUGGGUGAGUGGUGAAGGACGUAAGCGGGUACUAUGUCAGAGCGAAUAGCUGG